AUGGAGCACGCUUGGUUGGAUUCCCUGUCGGAGGAUUGGGUCUCCCAGCCUGGGUCUGCAGACACCUCCGCCGCGCAGCUACCGCCUCUCAAGGACGACGACGCGAUCAUCAAACACAAAGAAACCCCGAGCCGAAUACCACGUAGGACGUUUGGUCCACGGUCUCAAUUAUCGAACUCGAACUCCUCCAGCAUUAGCGUCCUCAAUGAGCGUACCGCAAACGACAUCAACAUUUCGAGCAAGCGACUGUCGUCUAAGCUUUUUCAAGAAUCAAAACAUGCACGUGGGGCAACCGGAAGUAGAUCUGUCUCGGCCUCCACGAGCGCAUCCGUCGUCCACAACACAAUUCAACACAGAUCCUCUCCAGAUAAGAGCAAGGUCGAAACCCCAGAAUGGAAGCGACGUCUAGUGUACGGAGACGUCCAGUACGGAGAACAGCGCGACCUAUUUUGCUCUGCUGCUGCUGGCCUCCAAGACAUGUUCAAGCCUCCUUCUGUGACCGAUGAAGAAGAGCAGCACGGGUCGUCGAUGCCCUCCAGCCCGCCGUCCUACCCUCAGCGCAUGGCCACUGGCGACUUCCAUGGCCUUGAGGGGCUUGAUCUGGACGAGCUUGAAGACGACGAACCACUCUAUCCCAACGAUGUUACACCUAGCCCCAGCCCAAGGAGAACAAAGAGGGAGAUUCAAUACAAGCUGAACGAGGAGGAUUCUUAUCUUUCGAGCCAGCUCAGUGGACCAGAGGAUGCGACUCCUUCCCGACAACCCGAGAUCUAUCGAGAUGAGAGUUGCCUAACUGAGCCAGUUGAUGAGGAUGCCAACGUCCGGAAAACUAGUGGCCAGAGUGUCAUCCGCAACGAGGAUUUCAGCCCGAUUCUUAUUGGGAAACACAGCGACGAAAAUGGAAAGGUGGAUUUCGCGCCCCUCGAGCUGCCUGCGGAUCAGCUGAAGUUGAAGCUCGAAGCGCUGCGAAUCAAUCAAGUUCUUCUUGACCCCCGAAUAGACCCCCAGACUGCAUUUGAUAGAUCCAGUCAGAACGAGCCUGUCGACCUGGAGAACAGUGACGACUAUGCCAGGGUAGGAGGAUACAUUAAUCUGCAGAGAGGAGGGCGAUCAGCUGAGGGCUCGUUUCGCCAUCGCCCGCUGAGCCCAGGGUUCAAUGUCGAUACGUCUGACAUGCUACCUGAAGAGUCCUUGCAGGCCAGCACACCCAAACAAUUUCCUUCGAUGCGGACAGAUGCGACCAACCCAUACCAAAACGACCAAUUCUCCCUCAGCCCUUCGAUGCCUCGAGCUCCUUUCCCUAGCCCAGACAAGAGGGAAAUCACCGCUGGACGAAGUGCGCCAUCGGGUGGAAGCCCCCUAAAACUUUUUGGACCAUACGAUACUUUUACCAACCAGACACUCCUCAGACGGAUUAGUCAAUUCGAGGAGACAUUGUCUGGUACGACUUCGCGACAAUCCUUUGGCUCAGUCAUCCAACACGACCGCUCGCCGUCCCCCGAGAACCAAUCACGUAUACCUGCAUCUAGCCCCGGCGGCCUCGAUCAAUCCCCUGGGCUGAGAUCAGUCAGUCAAUUUGGCGCUGGUCACCUGGAAGGAUAUGAAUUCAGUGGCGAUGCUUCCUACGUGUCGCAGAACGACUUCGAGGCCUCCGAUAAAGAAAAUACUUCCCCCCAGCCACUGGGUUCUCACCCCGUCGAGCCCAUGUUCCACCGCCCACUACGAGAAGCAUCUCCUGAUGAAGAGUCAGAGUUACGCGUCCGCAGAAGGCGGAACAAGUCACUAUCGUCAUCUGCAAGCAAACACAUGAGAACGUUCUCGAGUUCCAGCCAAAUCCGCAAGAUUCUUAGCCCAGCGAAAGGAGCACCGGGCGCUGACAUAACACUGUUGCGCGAUGGUUCCGAAGGCAAAAGACCCAGGACUUCCCCGUCCAAAGAUCCCACUCCUAAGCGUCGGCGCACGCUCCACCGCUCCGAUAUUGCCUUUGGUCACGAGGACCGUUUAGCCAACGUGGACUCUGCAUCUCGUGAGAUGCAGUCAGUGAUGGGAAAGAAGCGCAAGGAUGCUCGACCAGGUACCUUCCAGCUUGCGGACCCAAGUAUUCUGGCGAUGAGGUCAAUUCUGCAUCCUAUGAGCCCGUCCCUUAGUAGAGGCUCAUCACGGAACCACUCGCGGCAGUCUUCCAUGGACCCAGAGAGUAAAGGGAUUAGCGACCUGCCGUGGAAGUCACCACUCCGGGCGCUACAGGACGAGAGCAUCGCGCGGUUUAGCGAUGCCCCAGGCGAGGCAGAUCGAAAGCCGUCUAUUAGGACACAAGACUUUGUUGAUCAAGCCGCACAAAUUAUGGCCAUGAUCCGAAAUCAAGUGAGGGCACCUGGCUUGUCGAGCGUGGAAGAGUCCGAGGCCGAACACGGCGCAGCCAGCCCGGAUUACGACGACGACUCAUACCAAGAAUCGACCAAGGAACCGCUGUCUCGACCACCCAGCCGUGAAGGGCGACCUAUGUCAAGGAUUCCCGUUCGCCAAGAAGAUCCAGAGCUCAUUAACCGAUUGAAAAAGUACCAGGAGCUGAGCGACAUGGGCGAUAUCAUCUCCUCAUCCAUGCGGUCCAUGGGCCUCGCAAAGGAUGCGAUCCGUGUAGCCCAGGAAGUCGAGCGACAUAUCGAGGAGCACUCUCGCAACCGAUCGGAUCUUCCUUAUACGACAGACGACGAAGUGAUCAGCGACCCGCCCAAUAUCCGCCUAUCGACAAACCCGGCUCGCGAAGUACCUGGUAGCCCUACUCGCGAUUUCCAUUCACAUUCAUCAGCAGCUUCCUCGUAUCCUACCGGAUCUUCUCGGGGCUCCGACUCAAGAAAGAUUAUUAUGCCAGAAAGCGUGUCACAUCUCAUCCCGGACCGAGUUGGUGGCAUGUACCUCGACAAACAAAACAACAUCUGGAUCAAGAAGAAGGAAACGCCUCCCCGCCGAGACGUCAGCAUCCUUCCCUCAGAGGACAGCGAGGACGAUCCGUUUGCCAGCAUUCCCGACCUCUCUGUUGAUAUGACUAGGGAGAUGCAGAAUCUAUUGCUGACAGGCAAGAAGCCCACUCCAGACGUCGACCUGAGUGAGCUGGCUAGUCCUUCUCCGUCGCCUCAGCCCCAAUCCAGAGGCUUCGUCACACUAUCUCCAAAUGCGCAACUGAGUCCAAAUGUGGCGUCUCUGGCUCGAGAGGAGUUUGAGAAGCUUGACGCUCGGGCAAUGGAGGACUCAGAGGUGGAUGCAGAUGAAUCAGUGCAGCGAGACGAGAGUAUCCCGGGUAUGGACAGCAGCCCGCCUUCGACGACCAAGCGUCGCAACCUCACCAUUUCAUUUUCGUCACCAGUGGCAUCGAUCAUCCAAGAUGUUCUUGCAGAAGACUUGGACAAUCUCGAGGAUGACCCAGCCAUUGAGGAGGACAGUUCGAUGAACCCAACGCCAAAGAAAGCCGGGCACUCCGUGGGCAAGUCCGCAUUGAAGCACGCCGGCCAGGGAUCAGUUCGCGGCACUCGGGUCCCCUCCCGACACAUUGCUCAUAAUGGACCGGCUUUUAUCCCCAGGCCUGUGUCACGGAUCGACGAGCAAGAUGAGGAGAGCACCAUCGAGGUUCCGAUGGAGGACCAGCGCCAGGUUAGCAUUAUUGGGGACACGAGCGUCGUCAGCCAUAAGACGCCAGAUGGCCGUCGCGGCAGCCUGAGCUUCAUCAUUGGGCACACGCCUUGCAGCAACUUCCUGUCUGUUCCAGCAGAUGACAGCGCGGUGAUCGGCCAAAAUGUUGGGAAGCUCUCGCUGAGCCCAUUGUCCGAGUUUACACUCAAUAAUUCUGACCAGUCGUUUGGAUUCGAGGUCAGCUACGUCAUGGGGCGCCGCCACAUGGCAACAGGCGAAGCCUCUAAGAAGGUCAUGUCCAUGACGAUACGAGACCUCGUGGACAAACUUAGCGAGGUUGAACCAUUCGAGCCUUACUGGGAGGACAUUACAGAAUUGGAUCUGCACGAGAAGCGACUGAGCAGCCUGCACAUGCUUGAUGAGUUUUGUGGCAAAUUGGUCACUCUGGACGCAUCUCAGAAUGCCCUAGGCCAUCUCGAUGGUGUGCCGCCUAGCGUGCGACAGCUGAAGGCGUCAAACAACAUGUUGACAGAGUUGACAUCGUGGGACCACUUGAUGAACCUGCAGUAUGUAGACAUUUCCGGUAACGAGGUCAAGAGCCUGUCGGCGCUGAAGGGUCUUGUGCAUCUCCGAAGUGUCAAGGCGGAUAACAAUCAACUGACGAGCCUGGAUGGGCUGGAUGCACACGAUGGACUGCUGUCCCUGCGCGCGAGGGAUAACCUCAUUGAGGAACUGGACUUUGCAACCAUCAAGAUGGAGCGCUUGACAGAAUUGGAUGUGGCUGGUAACCAAAUCACAUCGGUUCGCAAUCUGGAGCUCGUGCCAGCGCUGGCGCGGUUGAAGCUUGGGAAAAACCGCCUCGACAGCUUCACGGUCGAGUCAAGUGUCAAGGGACUACGUGAGUUGGAUCUUAAUGACAACAGCCUCACCUACUUGGACGUUAGCAACCUGCCAAACCUCCAUUUGCUGCACGCCGACCGUAACCGCAUCGUCGAGUUGACUGGCUUCAGCCACACUCGCCAUUUGGACAGUUUGUCGCUCCGGGAGCAGCGCGGCGAGCAAGCGCUUGACCUUGCUUUCCUUUCAACAGCCUACGAGAUCCGCAAGCUAUUCCUUUCCGGCAACUACCUUGGCGCAUUUGAGCCGACGGUCGACUUUCUCAACCUGCAGCUCCUCGAGCUGGCAAAUUGUGGCAUCCAGUCGCUGCCCGGCAACCUGGGCCAGCUAAUGCCCAAUCUACGGACGUUGAAUCUCAACUUCAACGCCGUCUCAGAUCUAACGCCACUCCGAUUCAUCCCACGUAUGAAGAAGUUGCUGGUUGCGGGCAACCGACUUGCGGAUUCGACAACGGUAACGGAACUACUGAUUGAGUUCCCACACUUGACUCAACUGGAUCUGAGAGACAACCCGGUGACGAUUGGGUUCUAUCCACCCGUGCAGGUACUAGUUUCUAGGGACCGCACGGAUUUCGUCGACCCGUUCAUGCUCCCUGACGGGGAUGUGGGUCGGGACGACUUGUAUGCAAGCCGCCUAGACGAGACUACUAGGCUACGACGACGAUUGCACCAGAUCGUGUUCGCCGGAAGCUGCAAGCGCCUACGCAAGCUGGACGGACUACCCAUUCAGCGAAAGGUGGUGCUAUUUAAAGACGACCUUUACCAGACGCUAGUAGCGGAAGGUCUCUUGCCAGACGAUACCUUGGUGGGCGAAGGGUCGUCGCCACAGAAGGAGGUGGAAGUGGAGCGUGAUGUCGCGUAUCCAAUCGAGUCUCUGAGGAGCAGCCGAUGGAACGCCGAGGACAGUUUUGCUUGA